CUCUCUUCCAAGCUAGCCGCAGCCCUUGAUGUCGAGCUAAUGUCGCCAGUAGUUGGCUACUCUCUUGACCAGUUGAUGGAGCUUGCGGGACUUGCCGUUGCUCAGGCUAUCUACAAGACGUAUCCUCCAGAGUCCCACCCCAAUGUCUUGUUUCUCGUUGGCCCUGGCAACAAUGGGGGCGAUGGGCUUGUAGCUUGCAGACAUUUAAAGUUGCUAGGAUAUAAUCCUUCAUACUACUAUCCGAAGCAGAAUAGGAAAAUACCCCUUUUCGAGUCCCUUCAGACCCAAUUGGCGCUGUUUAAGAUUCCUGAAGUCAAGACAUCCAUCAACGACGACGGAUUCAAAGAGGUUGUUUUGAAAGCGGAUAUUUUGGUUGACUCCAUUUUUGGGUUCUCAUUCAGUCCGCCAAUCAGAGAGCCCUUUGGGUCUAUAAUUGACAUGUUGAUCAGAAACGAAUUCGACAAGCCGAUUGUGAGUGUUGAUAUUCCCUCUGGGUGGAAUGUUGAUGAGGGUCCGGUGCACGACAUCUCCAUUCAACCUUCAAUGCUAGUAAGCCUUACAGCUCCAAAACCUUGUUCUUUGAGGUUUACGGGGAUCCACUACUUGGGUGGGAGAUUUAUCAGUGCUGAGAUCUCCAAAAAGUAUGACAUAACGGCCCCAGAAUAUUCUGGUAUUGAUCAAGUUUGCCGAAUUAACUAGUGCUGUUUUUCCAAUUUAUAUUAAUCCGUAUAUGCAUUAACGUUUGAAUGCG